UCCCCUGUGCUGGCAUUGCGCGCCAAAUUCUCAUUGGUAAGUUUGAAAGCAUUGAUGGAAUAGGGCGCUUCCACGAGAAGCUAGGGUCUCUCACUCCUCUCUCGCGCGCUUGGUUCUACCAAGCGCCAUUGCGCUCUAGGGCUAGAUCCUCCAGCUCCCGCUCGCGUCCGGCGCUAGCGAUGACGAAGCCGCGGCGGAAGAGCGCGGGAUGCGAUCCCAGACUCGGCACAGGAGGCGUCACGGAGGUACAAAUCGCAUUUCUCGUCGACUGCUACCUCAAAGAUCGGAGCUACGCGAAGACGCUUCGCGAGUUCCGGACCGAGGCAGCGUCGGUGCUUGCGCCGUGCAAAACGGAGGCGCCCAUGAAAAUGAUGAGCCUGAGUGACAUUCUAAACGACUACAUUGCGCUCAAAGAGCAAGCUCUGUCCGUCCAGUCGGAGAGAUUGAAGCUCGAGAGUUUUGUAGCCAGCGUUAAGGAGAUGGUGGCUUCGUAUGAGAAAUCCAGGGCUCUUACUUCCUUGGCUCCAGGGCCACCACCAUCUACGCCUGCUGCACCAAUCACCCAUGUAAAUUCCGUUCCAAAAAGGAAAACUUCUCCUCGAGGACAGGAAGCGCCCAUGCUUGACAUCACAAACACCGCGAUAGGGACCAAGAGAAUUCGUCACUGUCCUGUGCUUCCGACCAGAGAUGCCAAGCCUGCUCCAUUCACUCCUUCCAGGCCAGCUCCGAUCGAUCCACAGACUCCACAGCAGUUUGGGCUGCCAAUAGGCUCCGGGAGCUUUCAAGUAGCACCCUCGGAGUUUCUAACACCAUCAACAGCUCGGCCUACAAGCUGUGAGCCAUCGAAAGCACGCAGCAAGAGACAACAAGUGAAGCCAACGACAAGGAACUGCAAGUCUCUGGACUUCACCACCUCCAGCGAGCCUCUCCGCCACGCAGCUGGCGAUACCAAAACUGGUGCCAACGAGAAGGAGAAAGCACUGGAGAGAUCAUCCGGCCUACCUGUGGACAUUCUUUGUGAAGAUUUCUUCACGACGGAGCCGCUGUCCUCCAUUGACGACAUAUUGGGAACUUCCCUGGAUGGAACGUCCUUCUCGGAGCUUAUGAACUCGAUGAUGGCCGAGGACAUGAUCCAAGAGAUAAGCUCGCCAUCUUCAACUCGUGACAGCAGUGAUCACAACGGGCUCGAGAUUGCCGAAUCAGAUAGUGGAUUCGUGGCGGAGAUCAUAUGCGUGGAGGACGAUCAAGAGAGCUGUAAGGUGUCUCCUACUCCCAAAUCGACCAGAAAAGCUUGUGGAAAUGCAAACGACGAGAACACACCACCCUGACAUUGUGAAACCGUGACUUCCACACACAAUUAUAUGAAAGCUGACUUUGUAUUAGCAAUGGAUAAAACUAUUCUUCCAAUCAAACAUCAACCUUUUUCUUA